GGUCAGAAAUGCAUGUUUGGAGGCAGCAUGCGAUGGCAACUGAGAAUGACGCAGGCCUGAACAAAGGGGAAUUUGUCCAUUUGAAAAGAAUUGGAAGAAUCUCUGAGCUGGUUCAUUGGGUUCUUCUAAGUGGUGAUGCACGGAAUUGCCCCUGGGACCUCCGGGACUGAGUUCUGCAGCCACGUAGCUCCUGGCCCAUUCUGGCUUUCCUGGUGACCCUCGCCGCCCGCCCUGCCACCAUGUUGGUGCUCCUUGCCUUCAUCAUCAUCUUCCACAUCACCUCCGCGGCCCUGCUGUUCGUCGCCACCAUCGACAACGCCUGGUGGGUGGGAGAAGACUUCUCUGCAGACGUCUGGAGGGUGUGCACCAACAGCACCAACUGCACGGACAUCAGCGAGCGAUUUGAAGGCUACUCGACGCUGCAGGCGGUGCAGGCCACCAUGAUCCUGUCCACCAUCCUCUGCUGCAUCGCCUUCCUCAUCUUCCUGCUGCAGCUCUUCCGCCUGAAGCAGGGAGAGAGGUUCGUGCUGACCUCCAUCAUCCAGCUCAUGUCCUGUCUAUGUGUGAUGAUCGCGGCUGCCAUUUACACAGACCGGCGCCAGGACCUUCACCACAGCAACCCAGAGUUCUAUUCCCUGACGUCGGAGGGCAGGUACGGCUACGCCUUCAUCCUGGCCUGGGUGGCCUUCGCCUUCACCUUCGUCAGUGGCCUCAUGUACCUGAUACUGAGGAAGCGCAAGUAGACUCCCGGCGCCGUCGUUCCCUGCGGUGCAGAAUCCACACUCAGAUAACCGUUUUGUAUAUAAUCAUUUUUUUGUGGUUUUUCUAGCAAACAUAUUGUUUCCUUUAAAAGCCAAAAAAGAAAAAAAAAGAGAGAGAGAGAGAAGCGUUUUUGCAUUCUUGGGAUGAGAGAACAGACUGGCAUUCCGGCUGGCAUUCAGAACUGCUGCCCACCCGAACGCCAAGCAAGACAAAGGCCAAAUCCAGCCGCGGACACCCAGGAGACGCGGGCGGGUGUUCCUCAACGGGGCGGGGUGGGGUGUGGCCAGGGAGGGAGAGAGGGAGCCCCGGGCCCUGCUUCCUCAGGGGCGGCUGGGCUCCUCCCAGCUUCCUUCCAGGAGGGCUGAGCAGGGGCUCAGGUGAGGGGCGACUGUGUCCUCAGUGUUGGGCCCAAGCUCUGCGCGGGAAACCAGCGUCCCCACGCUGGUGUUCUGUCCAUAGGUGAACCAGGCCCAGCCCCCUGCAGCGCACCGGGUCGCAGCCCAGAUUUGCUGAUAGCACCUCUGCUUGCUUCAGGGACAGUGAUCCUUAACUGGGUGUCAGACUUAGGCAGAGAAUCUCUGCAAGAAGUUCCUUAGAGCGUCUGCAAGUGCAGGCUGUUGAUCCAUCCCCCGCCCGUGGAGUCAGCAGUCAGCGGUCAGGCCUGGGAAUCUGCAUUUCUAGAAAGCUCCCACAAAGAUGCUUAGAUAGGCUAGAGUGGGGACGUCCAUCCCAGAGCCGGUGGAGAGCUGCCUUGGACAUGUCAGUAGCCUGGUCGCGUCCCGACGGCCCCGCUGCAGGCCGGGCCUCAGCCUCCACCAGCUCUUGGUCACUCUCUUCCACAACUGUUUACAUCUGGGCCACAGAGCUCCACUCCCAGGCCACCGACACCUCCAGAAGCUGUGCAGCCUCCUCCCCAGCCUCCCUCGGAAGGCCUCUCCCUUCCUGCCCUGCAUUCUAAGGCUGGCUAGCCUCCGUGGACCCCUAUCCUAGGGCUCAGAGGCCCUGCCACCAUUUGGUCCUUCAUUCAUCCACAUAAAUGAGGGCGUGCUUGCCGCGUGGCAGGUGCAGGGAACACCCUGUCCAGACAACCUGCUUCCCCACAGGGAUCGUGGUUCUAGAAACCAGUUAGGAGCACUAAUUACAAGCCAUCCGUGGUGGAGCUGCAGACACCACCGAGGAUUCAAAACGGGCCCAGGGGCGGGAGGCAGGCUGGUGCCCGCCUGUCUCUAAACGCUCCGGGGCUUCUCGGGCAGUGCCUGUCAACGAGGCAGAGGCGCAUCCCCCACGUAGUUUUUAAGCUUUCCUGGGCAUCAGGGUCUGGGUGAACGAGCACCCCAUGCGACUUGGAGUGUCCAGAGGCACGGAUGCGGGGUGGAGCCGCGCCAUCCGGAGGCCUGGGAAAUACGCAGGACAGCCCGUCUGUGUACCUCAGCAUCAGGCCAGGGAGGUGACCCUGGGAUGGUGCCUGGGACCUCGGGCUAGUUAAACGCUUCUGCUCCUGACGGCGUGGUCUGCCAUCAGCUCGGCUGCAGUGGAGCCAGGGAGACGUCUGGCGGAGUAGUUCCAGGGUCACCAUGGACCCCUCUUCAGUGCAGAACAGCGCCUCCUCAUUCAUUCAUUGGUUUUCCACAAAUAGUAUUAAGUGUUUUCCAUGCUCCAGGCACUGGAUGAGGCUCUGAGAGCACAGAGGCAAUCAGACCCCCUUGUGGAGUUUGCUGACUCUGAAACAGGACCCGCUGCCUGUGGGGAGGCCACCAGCCCAGGGACAUGGGGCCAGAGACAGGACUAACGGUCACCUCACCCCAUGGAAAACUCCUCAGGCUUACUGUGGGCAAGUGAAGCGGGGUCUAGGGCUCCCUCCUCCACGCUUUCUCCCCACGUGGCUUUUCUAGAAUUUUCUGAUAGCCACAAAAGAAACAAACAAAAUGCCUUAGAACCAGAGGUGUGGACAGCCCAACCCCCAUGCAAGGCAUGAAUCCCUCCACAAAAGAACUUGGGGGCCACAGAGAUCUGUCACACGCCAUCUGGAGCAGCCCCGGGUUUCCCCAGCGGGCAGCCACCAGGUCCAGCGCUCCAGUGUGCACAUCCACCUGUGAGACCGACUGUCGUGAGGCGUGCGAGGGACGUUGGGGAGCCAGCUGGGGCUGCCAGCCAUCCUCCCGCAGGUAGAAGCAGCCCCCACCCGGUGCUCGCUGUCAUUUGCUCAAGAACAACAAAAACUUAGCUAGGACAUCCAAGAAGCAAGUAUUAGGACCAAAUCUAUGACUGUGUUUGAAGGAACUGUAGUUUGCGCAUCUUACGACAUUUUUAUAAAGUACUGUAAUUCUUUCAUGGGGGCAUGUGAUGGGGACAGACUAACUUGUUAUUUGCAUUAAAAUUAUUUCGGGUCUCUGUUCAAAUGAGUCUGGAGCAUGCUUGGCGUGUCGCUCUGCGUGGACGCCGUGCACGUCUGAACACAGGAGAAUGAGACGGCCCUGCUCCCGCUCUGCCUGGGUUCUGGGCCUGUGCACGCCUCCCGUGGCCAGGCUGACCCAAGGAUGCCCUGUGUUAACUGGCCGUGGGGACACCUGCAGCCCAAGCCCCACCGGAAACACACUAAAUGCGCAGCCUCCGUGGGGGCCGGAGCACGCAAAAUCAGCCUGGUGGGGAGUGAAUUACUAAACUCGCUAAUGAUUUACAGGCUACUCACAAAUAGCAAGUCGGACCAUUGCGUGCAGGGGAAGGCGCUGGUGACCGGGAGAUUCUGGGGAAAGGCCGGGAGGUUACUGACAAAGCUUGGUUUGGGGACAGGUGUGAAUUUAGGGUAGUUAGAGACUUUCUGCUUACUGUGCCUUUUGAAUAGUCCAUUUUCUAUGUUUUGUAUAAUCUGAAACUGUACAUGAAAAAUAAAAUUUAAAACCAAAUUGCCCAGAGCAACAGA